AUGCUGGCAGAAGGCGACGCAAGGAUUGCCGAUGUGUGUCGCCUCUUGCAGGACAAUGCCGAUGUUGCAGCCCUUUGGGGACAUUUCCAACGUUUUGCCGAGCAGCUACGGCAAAGCAGCAAGAUGGAUCGGUUGACUUUGGCGUGUGAGCUGCACACAGCUGUGAGUCUGGAGACGCUGACGCCCAGCAUCCACUUCCAUCUCAUGUUUGACUCCAGACAGACGGUGACGCUGCCGAAGCCCAGUCUGUUGUUUCGUGGCGCCGUUCCGCAUCAGUCUGUGGAGUGCAAGCAAGCCCGUGGGAAAGCUUGCCGAAAGGCCUACGACCAGGGGCACUACUACCUGCAGGUGCCAAAGACUGGCUCCAUUCAUAUGACGACGACAGCAGCAGCCUUCACCACCUUCCCUGUUGCUCCGGAUUGGAUCACCAACUUAUGGCAGGCCUGUAAAAUCACGGAGCAGGUUGCGGAGCAGGAGUAUUUGCGCUGCAAGAAACACGUGAAAGCCUACUUAGACAACAUGAAGUUCCAUGCCCAAUGCGUGCAGACACAGGCCGUCAAAGCGAGGACGGCGCAAGAUCUCCAGGAGCUUCAGCCCCUCAUGAAAAAGGCCGUCGUGAUCGAGCAAGUCCAGCGUGACUUCCUUCCACAAUUUACCAGACCCAUGUUCAGAAGGAGCUUUUUGGUCCUAAGUGGACCCACGCGCCUUGGCAAAACAAUCUAUGCCCGCAGUCUCUUCGGUCAUCGCGAGACACUAGAACUCAACUGCUGUGGAGUGAGUCAACCUUAUUUGCGUGCCUUUGACAAUUUGCUGCAUCGAGCCAUCUUGUAUGACGAAGCUUCGACGGCCAUGGUGCUCAGCAACCGUCGCCUUUUCCAGGGAUCUACAAAAGAGGUCACGCUCGCUCAUUCUGGAACAAACAUGUUCACCUACAGUGUGUACGUCUACAACGUCGCCAUGAUCCUGACAUCGAACUCUUGGCUACGUGAGCUGGAGGAAUUGCCGAAAGAGGAGCGCGAGUGGCUCGAAGGUAAUUCAAUUUGUAUAAAUUGCACGCAGCCGCUUUAUGAGACGUAA